GGUAAACUAUCAGCGGGUAGAGAAAAAGAAAAAAGAAGUUGAAAAAAAGAAAACAAAGAGGCGUUUCGCUGGCCGCAAACUUCCUGUAGCCUCGCGGGACGUCAUCUCUGUUGUAGAGAAUAAAAACAGCGGAGUGGGCGUCGAGGACAGUUUGGUGCUUUCACUGCGGAAAGUUUUUAAGAAAUGGUGCAACAACUCCCCAAAUCUGGAGCGAAGGAGGCUGCUCGGCUGAAAGCUGGCCACCCUCCGGCAGUAAAGGCCGGUGGUAAAAGGGUGGCCAAGAAAGGCAUGGAAGAAAAUGCCACCCAUGCAACUCCAGAAAAGGACACCAGGAAGUCUGAUAAAAUCAGAUCCCUUGCCACCCCCAACAGGAUGCAACAAGUUGGCAUACUUCUAACAGGAACCCUCGACAAGCUGAGCCACGACUUCCCAGAAACACCUGUGAGCGUGAGGCACAGUAAGGUGCGCCCCGCGGUGGAGAAGUCGCACUCCCCUCGGAUCGUUUUCAUCCAGCAGCCGAGGAAGUAUUGAACUUUUUCGGGCAUGCCCUAGAGGGAACCAUGUUAAGUCAGCCGUUAAACACCAAUGUGAAGUGUUAGACACGUGAGGAGACUGAGACUGACAGGUUGCCUGUAAAGUGUUGAUGGAGUGAAAGCUUUCAAGCUUCGUUUACUUAGAAGGAAGAAGAAAAAAAAAAAAAAAGCUCUUUGGGGCCAAGCUUGUAUGUGAAUACUAUAAACCAGCACUUCAUGCAUCUUUUCUGGCAUAAUAAUAGAAUUCUAUAUUUGUAUUUGUCAUCAGAUUGGAAAACAAAAGCAUUUGGUGGGUAUGAGUAUGUUUGAAGGGAGGGGUUAAGUUACUGAGUUUUAUAAGGGUGCUUUUAAGGGGAAUCUUCACUUUGUAUUGCAUGGCAAUUGUAUUAGAUUUAUUAAAAAAAAAAAAAAGCGGACAGCAAGCCA